UGUCUCUGGUGUGGAUGUGUAGUUUUGACGAGCUGUCUCUGGUGUGGAUAUGUAGUUUUGACGAGCUGUCUCUGGUGUGGAUGUGUAGUUUUGAUGAACUGUCUCUGGUGUGGAUGUGUAGUUUUGAUGAGCUGUCUCUGGUGUGGAUGGGUAGUUUUGAUGAGCUGUCUCCUGUGUAGAUGUGUAGUUUUGACGAGCUGUCUCUGGUGUGGAUGUGUAGUUUUGAUGAGCUGUCUCCUGUGUGGAUAUGUAGUUUUGAUGAGCUGUCUCUGGUGUGGAUGUGUAGUUUUGAUGAGCUGUCUCCUGUGUGGAUGUGUAGUUUUGAUGAGCUGUCUCCUGUGUGGAUGUGUAGUUUUGAUGAGCUGUCUCUAGUGUAGAUGUGGUGUUCUGGUCAGCAGUUACUUGUGUAGGUAUGUAGUUCAGGUAUCUUGUGCUCAUAUUGCUGCGUGUAUGAGCCUUCAGCUCUGUUUCCUGUACAGCUGGAAUGCCUGUAACGGUUUUACAUGGAUGAGCAGAAACACAUAUGGAGGCUGAAUAGAUGGUAGUCUGCUGAUGUAAAUGAAAGAGGAUGAGCCCAGUGGAAACUGCUCGCGGGGCAGCGAGAAGCCCGAUGGCGGGGCGGGCAGAGAGGUUUUUUCAAGGUAUUACAGCAAGAAGGCAGAACGGUGGGCGGGCGAACGGGCAAGAGGCGGAGUCUGUUUAAAUUGCACGCUCUGCCAAUGUGACGGGGCUCCCUGAUUCCCCUGCACUGGAUGCGCGCGCGAGCUAGUGUGGGUGCAGAGCGCGAGGAUAAAAGCUUCGAUUUCACCGUCACUCAUCCGCACACGCGAAUUGCUCUUUUCUGUUCGUCUGUGUACUCGGAUAACUUUCCACCCAUACGGAGAUUCUCUUCUAUGGUUCUGAUCGGAGAUUCCAGGAUGUCUCGUACCGACGAGGUGCACCGUAUUACAGAGAAUGUCUACAAAUCAAUCAUGGAGCAGUUCAACCCCUGCCUGCGCAACUUUGUCUCCAUGGGCAAGACGUAUGAAAAGGCCUUAUCCAGUGUUACCUUUGCUGCAAAGGGCUACUUCGACGCUCUGGUGCGGAUGGGGGAACUGGCCAGCGAGAGUCAUGGCUCAAAGGACCUGGAAGAGGCAGCAUGGGAUGUGUUGUUCCAGAUGGCUGAGGUCCACAGGCAGAUCCAGAUGCAGCUGGAGGAUAUGCUGAAAUCUUUCCACAACGAGCUCCUCACAGAACUGGAGAAGAAGGUGGAGCUAGACGCACGCUACCUGAGUGCCGCACUGAAGAAGUACCAGAUGGAGCACAAGAGUAAAGGGGAGAGUCUGGAGAAGUGCCAGGCGGAGCUGAAGAAGCUUCGCCGUAAGAGCCAGGGCAAGAACGCCUCCAAGUACGGAGACAAGGAGAUGCAGUAUGUAGAGGCCAUCAGCUGCAAGCAAGGUGACCUGGAUAACUGCAUUGCGGAAGGCUACAGGACAGCACUGUCGGAGGAGCGGAGAAGGUACUGCUUCCUGGUGGAUCGGCAGUGUGCCGUUGCCAAGAACAGCGCCACCUACCACGGCAAGGGGAAGGAUCUGCUGGCUCAAAACAUUCCCUUGUGGCAGCAGGCCUGCUCUGACCCCUCUAAGCUGCCAGAGAGAGCCAUGAUCCUGGCCCAGCAGCUAAGCUCCGCCUCUGGCAAGCUCAGCUCCGCCCCUGGUACACUGAGGUCCAGCCCCCUGGAUGCCUCCAAGGCCAAUAUGCUAAUGUCUGACCCCUCCUCUGGAGCCAAGCCCCUCCCCCUGGCACCUGAACUCACAGCCUUCACAGGUGGCCUGGCCCAUCAGGAUAGGCUCAUGGGAGUGGACGGGGUGCCCCUGAUGAACGGUGCGGUGGGGGGCCAUGCAGAGGAUUACCAGCAGUGGGUGGAGGGGAGGAUGGCACAGGCUAAGGCCCCCCAACAGCACCCGAGGCAAGCCAGCGACAAAUACUCCAGCACCCUGCCCGUGCGCAAGACCCAGCCUGCCAGGAGCAAGGCCUCUGCAGAGACUCGGACCCUGCCCAGAUCCAGCUCGGUGGCGGCGGGGCUGGAGCGGGAGCGGAGUGGUCGAACCCGUGUCCAGGCUGUGUUCUCCCAUGCUGCCGGGGACAACGCCACACUGCUCAGCUUCUCCGAGGGUGAUGUGAUCACUUUGCUGGUGCCUGAGGCACGGGACGGCUGGCACUAUGGAGAGAAUGAGAAGAACAAGAUGCGCGGCUGGUUCCCGUUCUCCUACACACGUGUGCUGCCUGACAGCGAUGGUGACAACCAGCGUAUCAACCUGCGUCCUGGGAAGAGCAGCAGCACAGGGAACCUGCUAGAGAGAGAGGACAUGGCCCUGCCCCUGCCCCCUCCCGAUUACGGCCUGUCCUCUCGCCAGCUGACCCAGAUCUCCACCCACAGCCGGUCCCGGCCCUACAGCAUGGUCAUGCCCAUCUACUCACAGCAAGCGCUGGACGGGUACGACGCCCAGUUCCCCACAAGUGUGGGUCCAGACUUUGCCCGCUUCUGAGCUUCCAGGACCUGCCCAAGGGCAGUGCAGCGAACCAUUCUGCCCCCUCCUGCAUCAGAGCCUCACCCUGCUCCUCCAGCUCAUGGGGUAUACCCACCCUGUGGACCAGCCAUGCCCAGACAUCUCUCCUAUAGACUUACCUGUUCCUCUCCCUGCACCUCCAUCUCUCUGCCCUCCUCCUCCCUGAGUCUCUUUUGCCCCAAGCCUCCUCCCUGUACCUCCUUUUCCCUGCUCCUCCUUUUCCCUACAACUCCUUGUGCCUCAUUUCCCUCCCCCUUCUUCCUGUCCCUCCUUCUCUCUGAACUGCACCUCUGUGCACCUCCUUUUCCCUGUGCCUCCUUCUCUCUGAACUGCACCUCUGUGCCCCUCCUUUUCCCUGUGCCUCCUUCUCUCUGAACUGCACCUCUGUGCACCUCCUUUUCCCUGUCCCUCCUUCUCUCUGAACUGCACCUCUGUGCCCCUCCUUUUCCCUGUCCCUCCUUCUUUCUGAACUGCACCUCUGUGCCCCUCCUUUUCCCUGCGCCUCCUUCUCCCUGCUUCCCUUUGUUCUGUGUGGUCACUGAUAGGAUCAGCACAUGCUGAUAUGUGAAUAUAACAUUUGCAGUAAAUGCUGUACUUUAAUGUAGCUAAACAUUCAGCCCUAGUUUAUAGUGAAUGAGACCAUAGCCUUGCUGAGAGCAGACUAGCAGCAGUUUCUACCAGUGGGUGGGACUGCCUGACAUUAAGGUAAUACUUUCAAAAAACAUUAAUGAUGUAAUUUCCUGUGGCAGUAACUCCAUCUCAGUGCAACUAUGAUGUGCUCAGUUAUGGGAUUGGCAUAUACUGCCCCUUUACCCCAAGCUGCAGAGCUAAUGCCCCUUUACCCUAAGCUGCAGAGCUAAUGCCCCUUUACCCCAAGCUGCAGAGCUAAUGCCCCUUUACCCCAAGCUGCAGAGCUAAUGCCCCUUUACCCCAAGCUGCAGAGCUAAUGCCCCUUUACCCCAAGCUGCAGAGCUAAUGCCCCUUUACCCUAAGCUGCAGAGCUAAUGCCCCUUUACCCCAAGCUGCAGAGCUACUGCCCCUUUACCCCAAGCUGCAGAGCUAAUGCCCCUUUACCCCAAGCUGCAGAGCUAAUGCCCCUUUACCCCAAGCUGCAGAGCUAAUGCCCCUUUACCCCAAGCUGCAGAGCUAAUGCCCCUUUACCCCAAGCUGCAGAGCUAAUGCCCCUUUACCCCAAGCUGCAGAUCUAAUGCCCCUUUACCCCAAGCUGCAGAGCUAAUGCCCCUUUACCCCAAGCUGCAGAGCUAAUGCCCCUUUACCCAAGCUGCAGAGCUAAUGCCCCUUUACCCCAAGCUGCAGAGCUAAUGCCCCUUUACCCCAAGCUGCAGAGCUAAUGCCCCUUUACCCCAAGCUGCAGAGCUAAUGCCCCUUUACCCCAAGCUGCAGAGCUAAUGCCCCUUUACCCCAAGCUGCAGAGCUAAUGCCCCUUUACCCCAAGCUGCAUAGCUAAUGCCCCUUUACCCCAAGCUGCAGAGCUAAUGCCCCUUUACCCCAAGCUGCAGAGCUAAUGCCCCUUUACCCCAAGCUGCAGAGCUAAUGCCCCUUUACCCCAAGCUGCAGAGCUAAUGCCCCUUUACCCCAAGCUGCAGAGCUAAUGCCCCUUUACCCCAAGCUGCAGAGCUAAUGCCCCUUUACCCCAAGCUGCAGAGCUACUGCCCCUUUACCCCAAGCUGCAGAGCUAAUGCCCCUUUACCCCAAGCUGCAGAGCUAAUGCCCCUUUACCCCAAGCUGCAGAGCCCCAAGCUGCAUAGCUAAUGCCCCUUUACCCCAAGCUGCAGAGCUAAUGCCCCUUUACCCCAAGCUGCAGAGCUAAUGCCCCUUUACCCCAAGCUGCAGAGCUAAUGCCCCUUUACCCCAAGCUGCAGAGCUAAUGCCCCUUUACCCCAAGCUGCAGAGCUAAUGCCCCUUUACCCCAAGCUGCAGAGCUAAUGCCCCUUUACCCCAAGCUGCAGAGCUAAUGCCCCUUUACCCCAAGCUGCAGAUCUAAUGCCCCUUUACCCUGGGUGCUGGGCUGCCUUUAAACAAGCAUGUGCUUAGGAACUGUGCCUUUGUCCACAGUUUGACACAUUUGGGUUGUGAGCAGUUGUAGAAUAAAUGUUUCAUAGCAGUAAGACAAGCAAGCAAUAAGCAUAGAUUACAGUCAAUGUGCUUUAAUUUGCAUCUCAAAGUGCCUACAGAAAGCCUUCACUCCCCAUUGACUGCUCUCAUUUAGUCCUGCUGCACACACGUAACUCAACACAUUUAUUAUGCAAAAAUACAUUUUAUUCAGAAUAACCAUGCAAUUAUCAUGUAACUAAAUAAUAAUGAAAUUUAACAUAUGGAUCUGAAAUCAGCAGAGCUGGACCUCAUUAAUGCAACCAGUCUCAUCUCUUAAGAAUGGAAAACACCAAGGGGUGAAAACUUAUAAGGGAUUUUAAAUAUAAUUCUGAAGUCAUCUAAAUACAUUUAUAUUCACAUUAGUAACUUAUAUAAGAGUAUUAAAAAAUCACAUUUAAAUACAUUUGAAUUUGACUUCGCAAAAAAAAAAGAGAAAUAAUCAGUGGGGGUGAAAAUGUUCUGAAGGCACCAUAUGUAUAACAAGAUUUAUUUGCUGUUCCAAAUCAUGGUACAGUUGGUGUGUUCAGUGUGUCGUCAUGUUUUCUGUAAAAUGUUAAUGGAAUGUAAAAAAAAUGGGUUUGUAAAAUCUGACAUUAACUACUUUAUCCUUUACAAAUGUGUAAGAUUGCCACUGAUAAAAUGAGUAUAAUGCUGUAUAUACAGUAGGGCAGCUCAAACGUUUUCUUUUAGAACACACAAGUGUAAAUGCUAGAAUACAGAAAUCUCACAAAUAGUCAAGGCUGUUUUUAAACAUAUACUGUCAGUCUAUAAAGCCUCAUAAAGCUACAUAAGAACUUUAUAAGCAUAAGCAUUCACGAUUCACAGCAGCCAUGGAUGCCACCCUCCAUAUAAAACCUACAGCAGUUUACUGGCAGUGUUGUAUAGUGGUUAGAGAGCUCGGUUUCUAACUGUGAGGUUGCAAGUUCAAAUCCCAGGUACCUCACCUGAGUUGCUUUGUUAAAGGCCUGGCUUUGUGCCUGGAAUUACGCAUUGUAAGUUACUCUUGGCAAGAGUAUCUGGUCAGUGAACUAGUGUAUGAGGGGAAAAGACCAGUCAAGCCAAACCAGGCCUCUCACCUGCUCACAGUCUAGCGAUUAUUCAGCCCAGUGUUUUUGUUUUGGAAAGAUUUUUGAGUUCAUUGUGUAUAAAGCACUAUUUAGAUAUAGUUAGUAUUAACCGAUGUGUUUGGAAUAUAAGCGCAGAUGUGAAUGUGGCUGUGAUGUGAUUUACGGUAGUAAGGGUUUAAGCCCAGGUAUGUAUGCUCCUGCAGGCCCUUCUCUGAGGCUGGCUGAGCUCAUAUCAGGAGUCGCCACAUCACUUUUCCCUCUUCAUUUUCACUGCCUUAAAAGUCAGCUGCAGAUUUAUUAUAUUAUAAUAAAUUAUAAUAAAUAUUUGCUCUUAUUAUAAAUAAGAGCAAACUGGCCAUCUCCCUCUACACAGGCCUGUCUAUACAGGCACAUCUGCAUUAAAGACACAGGAAAUGGAUGCAGGAUGGAUGGAUGCCACAAACCAGAAGUGAUGGAUGCCACUCGUGUGACACUUAGGCCUGACGUCAAAUCAGGAGUGGCCUAACAGCCAAUAAGGGCACAGUAUGAAUUCUGUGUUCUGUGAGGAACCGGUGGAUAGCAGACAGGUACCUGCACUCUUAGCAUCACCUGACUGGGCGGAGGAGGCAGGACUGACAGACGUGCGGGGCCUUAUUUAUAAAAUGGCAGUAUCAUUACCAUACCAUACAAAUAUAUCUCAAAUACUGGCUUACUCAGAAAACCAUCACUUAGUUAUUAAUAAAAUCUCACUUUGACAUGGAUAUGAUUGUAUUUAUACAUAAAGUUUACAGUAGUUAUUUACCUGCUGGUUGUGUAGAGAUACUGCCCAUUUAAGGCCUGUGUGUGAAUCCCCAAAGUGGGCUGUGUUCGCGCUUUUAAUAUUUGAUUGAUAAUCAGUUUUAGGUAUGGAACGAUCAUGAUUGAUCUCAGGUGGACCAUUUAAGACAUGAUAAGAUGUCUCAUAAAGUGUGCUUCAGUGUAAGCAAUCUUACAGUAACAUUUAAGGCAUACUAUGCAGGAUUUUACCUUGAAAAUAUUAUAAAAAUAACCAUGCUAAGGCUUAUGUAUGAUGUAAUCUCUUUAUCCACCUUUGCCAAAUUUGUACACCUUUACCUGUAUUUGUUAUUCUAAAAUGUGUUUGGGACGUUUCUGGGCGUGGUGCUGUUUUCUGUGUGGGGAGGGGUGGGUGUGGCUGCAGAGCUAGCUAACGAAGAAGUCCGGAUACAGCAAAGCAAAAAUUCAAGCUGACAGGGCUCGUUCAAGUACUAAAGUUACCUUUGGAAUUGCUUUUCUUCAAUGGCAUCAGCUGAAGUUUGCUAAGGGGAUUAAAAGUGAUGCAGAGUUGGCUUCUUUUCUGUUGGACCUGUAUGUAACAUUAUUGGCAGUCUGAACUUGGUGACAACAAAGACUUUUGCAAGGGUCUGAAAUUUUCUAAUUUAAAGUUCCAACAAUAAAACCACUAUUACAUUCAACAUAAUGGAAUUAAUUAAACUAUAAUUGAAUCAGCCUUACUGUUGCUAAUUUCAUGGAACUAAUGUUACCUCUAGCUGUCCAGCUGGUUACCUUAGGUGGGGUAACUUACUCAACGUGAAUUGGUGGGGUUGAAGACAGAAGAGGAGAGUUCUUUGAUUGAAAACACAGGUCAAGAAAUCCUGCAUAGUAUGAUUUUGAGUUUGAAUCCAAUAUUUUUAUUUAUUUAUAAAUGAGGCCCCAGGAGUUUUGACAGUUCUGUGAUGUCUGAGUUUAUAAAAGUGAUCUACAGCUUAUGUAGACCCUUCUGAAGAUUUCCUAAAACUUUUCUACAGUUUUCCCUGUUUGCUCUGCUCCUCCCUGUGUAAUCUGCCUGUAGAAGAAGCACUAAAUUGCCUAUGUGUAAAAGAACAAAUAAAGAGAUUAAAAUACA